UGGGCUCGACGGUCGAUUUUACAUCCUCAGUCAGGAUCGGUAAUAGAUUUCCGAGAGCAUUGAGCAGUGUGCAGAGACAAAAACAUGGAGCGAAAUGUUGGGUCACUACAGGAGCAGGCCCUGAAGAGAAAGGAGAGGCUAAAAGCAAUACGAGAAAAACAACUUUAUGGGCGAGAGCAAGAAGAUGGGGAGCCAGAGAACAAAAAAGCUUCACUAGAGGAGACUAAUGAAGAAAAGCACAGAGAGCUGAAGCUGAGGAAUUACACUCCAGAGGAUGACGAGCUGAAGGGGAGGCAGGUGCCCAAAGCCAAACCUGCAUCAGUGGAGGAUAAAGUAAAAGACCAGUUAGAGGCAGCUAAUCCAGAGCCCAUCAUUGAAGAAGUGGAUUUGGCCAACCUCGCCCCAAGAAAGCCAGAUUGGGAUCUAAAGCGUGAUGUGGCAAAGAAACUGGAGAAGUUGGAGAGGAGAACACAGAGAGCAAUCGCCGAGCUCAUCCGGGAUCGUCUCCGAGGCAGUGAGGAGGAGUUGGCCGGAGCGGUGGGGGCAGUAGGACCGGAGGAGGGAGACUCGGACUAAAUCCCAACAGAUACAUCCCUACAGAGGGAUGGCCUCGUUUUACUGGGACUGUACUGUCACAUAUGUGUUGUGCUCAAAGAGACGGCUACUUUUAUCGCCGCAGGGAGUAAAAUGUUUUCUGUCAGGUCUUUAUAUUCCCUUUGUGAGGCCUGCCUUGCAUCAUUGUAUUAUUACAAAUGAAUAUGUAGUAGUACAAUCUGUAACAUCAAUAUUUUGUUGUAAUAUUUUUUAUUUUCAAGUAAAAUAAUGUCAAUUUUUCAAAAGCCUGAUUAUAAUCAUGAAUUUUGCCUUUAUUUGAAAGUAGGGGUGUACGAUUUGGAUAAAAUCAUAUCACGGCAUAUGUAAUAUAUCAUGAUAUAGAUAUAUAUUGUAAAAUAGUACAGUAUGGAAAGAAAUACUUCAUCACAGUGACACAAAAACAUAAAAUAAUAAAGUAAUGAAUUAAAAAACAUAAGUAUUUUCAUAAAGCAGUCCUACCCAUUUGAUUGCCAAAUUGGCAAAAAUGGCCUCCUACAUCCAGAGACGUUCAAGGGAUAGCUGUUGCUGUUACGUGUCACGCCUAAUUAUUUAAUUGUUUUGCCGCGGAGCAUCCAAUAAGACAAAAGAUACUUUUUAAAUACAUCACAUUUAUUCAGAAAAUCUGAAAAUGCACUCUCUAGUCAUAAUCAAUUGACCCCUAUGUACUCAUGAUAGUUACUGUAACAUUAAUGACUUGCUACUUUUGAAUCAAUGUAGCUUUGAUCCAAUGGGUGAUAAAUAGAGGAACAAUGAACAGAUAACAAUAUGCUGUUUUUGGUAUGACAUACUAGUGAUAUAUAUUGCAAGCACCUAAAUACCUGUUCUGAACUUAAAUGCUCCAUUAUUCCACAAUAAAGUGCAUCUUCUGUCCACAUA